AUCAAUAGGUCAUUGCUAAGGGGAGGGUAAUAUGAUACCAAAUUCAGCAAACACUUAGACUGUACAGACUCGACCAAACAUAAGUGGGACUAUGAAAAGCCAACCUCUCAAACCAGCCCUCCCUUUCAUUCUGUCUAAUUCAGACUCGCUGGCAGACAGGAUACUGAAGGGCAGCAGUCUCGUCCUAAUGGACACGUGGAUUGUGUUCAAUUCUUUCAGCCGUAAAUUUUUAACCGCCUAACUUUUUUUUGCUUUGUUGAGCCUCCUACAAUAGAGGGAUCAUGGACAACAGUCUGCGUCGUUUGAAGCAAGAGUUGCAAUCUAUGAAGGAGGCUGGAGAUGGGCUGCAGGACCAGAUGAAUUGUAUGAUGGGCGCCCUCCAGGAGCUGAAACUUCUCCAAGUGCAGACAGCUUUGGAACAGUUGGAGAUCUCAGGGCUCCAGAGCCAAGCUUCAUCCAUCACUAACAGCCAGCAACGGCUGAAGAACGGGAAGGAUGAAUCCAAGAGCAGUGAGGGCUGGCCAGGCACCAGGAUAGAGAGGAAAAGCUGCAAACCCAGCAGCAGCAACCCCCGUGCAUCGAGCCUCACAAGCUUUGCAGGGCCAGCUGAAAAACCCAUGGACUUGUGGUUAGGAGGAUAUCUAAAGGAGACUCCUUGUGAAGAGAUGCAGUCAUCAGCGCAGUUGUCUAUGUCUUUUGAUCAUCUCAAGGAUGCCCCAUCAUCAGCUUCAUCCAGACUGGGCCUUGAUAAGCAGAUCCAGGCAGUUGCCUCACCAGAGGUCCACAAGCUUCCUACAACAAGCAAAUCAGCUAGUAAGGCAACACAAGAUUGCAAUGCCUCCAAUGACUGGACGUCCUCUCUGCUCUCCCAAAGCAGGAACAGGCAGCCCCUCAUUUUGGGAGACAACAUCUUCGCUGACUUGGUAGGCAAUUGGUUGGACUUGCCUGAGUUGGAGAAGAAGCCCCUGCCUGCCUCCUUGGAUGGAAGAGGUCGACAUGACCACGUCCCCAUGCUCAGCAGAUCUCAGGAAUUCCAGAAAAAAUUGAACCUCACCGCCAAUAUCUUCAAGAAGCUGCUGAGAAGUGUUCGGCCUGACAAAGGCAAGCUAACAAAGGAGAAGGGCAGCCAAGUGCCAACAAGUAACCCAGGAGAUGCCAUCACCAAGAGGUCCACCAAGGGAUCCAAGCAGAAGGUGACUUUUUACUUUGCGCUGCGGGGAAGCAACAGUCAGAACAACAAGGUCCAGGAUGGAUGUGGGAGCUGUUGCACCACAUUAUUGGAUGAAAAGAAUCUUAGAUCCAACAACUGCACAAAUAAACUGGUCCAGGCAGUGACUGAGAAACAGUCCCAGUUUGACUAUAACACUGUAGUUUGGGUCUGAUUUCAAAUGUGAAAAUCUUGAAAGAAAAUUAAUUGCACUUAGUUUCCUUUACAUCCUUCAGAGGCCCCAAAGACAAUGGGAUCGAUAUUGUUUACAGUACUUUGUUUUUAUUCAAACACUUUCUUUUUGAAUAUUUGAAUGUGAAGAGUGAAACAUGUCAAGACUAUUUAAAGGGACAUAUGAAACAUGUUCAAACUAUUUUUCUCUCUAUUUGCCAUAUUUUGCAUUAAGACAAGCUGUGUUGAAAUGCAAAUUGCCUGCACCAUAAUAACCCAAAGUCACCAUUGCCCAAAUGGGACAGAUUUAUUUCACCUGCUCUCCCUUUUCAGAGAGUGAGGACUCCCAUCGUCCCCUUGCUCACCUCCUGAAGGAGCUAACUUUUUCUGGGUUACUGUUCCUGGAGGACCUCCAACUUCUGAUCCCUUUUAUUCUUAAUAUACCAGGGUUCCACUGAGUAUCAGCUGGACAUUUGACCCCAGAACUUGGUUGAUUUUGUUCUCAGCUGACAGGCACCCAGCCUGAAGCAUGAUCAGGUAACAUGGACUGAUUGUUUCCUCCUUAGAUAUACUGAAGCUAAUGGGAAUGUCCCACCUAAUACACCAACUGAGAUUUUUUUUUUAUUUGCUUGUGGGUGUCACUGGCUAGUCCAGCAUUUAUUGCCCAUCCC